AAGCGGUUCUUUGAAAAAGUUCACAGGUUGAACCAGCCCAAAACCAGAACUGGGUUCACUUUGGUUAAAAAUGGGUAUUUGUGACCCACAUAUCAAAUCAAACGUCAAUAUAUCGUUUUAGCCAAAUACAUGCACAGCUGUUGAAUCCAAGAGAGUGCCGGAUGUCAAGAAGGCCGGCCAUUAUUUUGAAAUCUCCAACCGGAUAUGGCACGCGUUGCUGCUGACUUGACGCUGGUGUUGAGCCGCUGCCUGGCUCCACCGUGCUGCACAUCCAGGAGCGGCUGCAGGAUGGCCGGGAGCUUCUUCUCAAAACGCUUCGCCGCCUUGUUCGACUACAAAACGGAAAAAUACAUUGUCGCCGAAAACAAGCGAGUCGGACUUUUGUACCGACUCAUCCAGUUAUUUAUCAUCGGUUACAUUAUAGGUUGGGUUUUCUUAAGUAAGAAGGGCUACCAGGAGACUGAUGAAGCCAUCCAGAGCUCAGUCGUAACCAAACUGAAAGGAGUCUCAGUCACAAACACCACAGAGGCUGGUGUGAUUGUGUGGGGACCGGAGGAUUACGUCAUCCCACCACAGGGUGAAGCUGUUCUGUUUGUUGUCACAAACUUCUUAGAGACACCAAACCAGAAGCUUGGAUACUGUCCUGAGAGUCCUAAAGUGCUGGAUGGCCACUGUCGAGCUGAUGCGGACUGUGAAGAUGGAAAGAUGGUAGAAGCUGGUCACGGAAUAAGAAGUGGCCGAUGCAAAAGAAAAGAUGAGAACUCCACUGGUACCUGUGAGAUCUAUGGCUGGUGUCCUAUCGAAAGAAAUUUCAAACCACAAGGACCUAUGCUGGCAAAUGCAGAAAACUUCACCAUCUACAUCAAGAAUUUCAUUUCAUUUGCUAAAUUCACGUUUUCAAAGUCUAACGUCCUUGAAACGACUGACAAGUCCUAUCUGAAGAGAUGCAGAUACGACGAGGAGCUGCAUCCCUACUGUCCCAUCUUCCGCCUGGGAGACAUCACCAGGCGAGCUGGAUACAACUUCCAGGACAUGAGCACAUUUGGCGGGUCCAUUGGUAUUAUGAUUGAUUGGGACUGCGACCUUGACAAAGGCUACUCCAACUGCAAUCCACGGUACCACUUCACUCGCCUGGACAUCAGUGUCUCCAACAAGACCAUCGCCACCGGAUUUAACUUCAGACACGCUCGUUAUUUCAAAAAUGGUAACGGUGAGAGCUUUCGAUCGCUAUACAAAGUCUAUGGUGUCCGGUUUAACAUCAUGGUGCAUGGAAAGGCGGGGAAGUUCAGCAUCAUCCCAACGGCCAUCAAUGUUGCUUCAGGACUGGCUUUGAUGGGCGCUGGAGCUUUCUUCUGUGACAUGGUCCUUCUCUACCUGAUGAAGAAGGGCGAAUUCUAUCGGGAGAGGAAGUUUGAAUGUUCCAGAGGAACACCGAAAUCAGCAUCUCAAGACAACUGUGAGGGAAAAAGCAGGGAGCAGGAGAAUCUGACGUCUUAGUCUUUUCUCUGCGUGAGAAGAGUUUGUGAAGUGCCCGUAUUUGGUACAGUUCGACAGUAACUACGAAAUGGUUGGAAAAAUUAUCAAAACAUGAUAAAACAAAGCAGCUGUGCCGGUGUAGUGUUAUUAUAAGCUGAGGUUUCAUCUUUAAAAAAAGCCAUAAACUACGAUUUGUCAGAUGGUACCAUAUUUUAGCCUUUUGUGAAAAAUUGUGCUUUUUAUAACUCCAAGAAAAAUGUUAUAUUUUGAAUAUUUCAUGCAGAAAAUGUUGUUAAAAAUCUAAAAGAUGUCAUGAACCAAGAUUUUAUGUGUUUAUGUUUAUGUUCUUCUUUUUAUGGUCAUUAUGAUGUACUGUGUUGUAAUGUUGUAAGGUUGUAAUUCUGUCUGCUGAUUGUAUAAUUAUUAUUUUUUUUUUUUGUGACACAUUUGGUGCCUCACCUUAAAGAUGAAACAGAAAGGACAACUCUGAAACACUGACACAUGCCAAGUUUAUUUUGACAACUCUGUGGAGUAUACUACUGUAUAUAUUUAAUUCAAACACCAUUGUUCACUCAAUGUCCACACAGAGGCCUCACACAGUGGCUCAGUGUUUAUGCCACACAUCACUGAUGUGGCUCUUUGAGUGGAAGACUCAUUCAUGUUGCACAAACUCUCAUUGGAGAGCAUGCUGGGUUGUUUAGACACAGUGCUCAUCUUUUAAGUCCACUUUUCUCACCAGAGUUGUGGGAGGAGGCAAUGGACCGAACACACAGACACGACCUGUGCGCACACAAGGAGAACAUGCAAACUGCACACAGAAAAGUAAGCAUUUUACUAUUAGCAUUUUUUGCUAAAAUGCUAACAUUUUUAGCUUUUUUGUGUACAUGUCAAUCCAUGGAUGGGGCAACCAAUCAGGGUACUUUGCCCUUGUGUCAUGUCCCCGCCCCCUUUUGGGUAUAAACAGCCUGUUUGAUUGGCAGUAAAUGCAAGAUUCUGGGGUCUCUGCCAUUUGAAUGGCAUACAAUAACAACCACAUGGAUUUUAGCCAUUAGCAGCCAAAAUCUGAUGGCCAGACAGAGAAGCAAUCAUGUUAUGUUGUAGACAAUCUAUUUAAUGACAGAAUGGUGUGUGAUGAGUGUCCUGUCAGUCCCAGUCUCCGUCAAAGCGGACGAAGCUGACACACACAGUAACCUUGUUGACUGUUCAGGUAAUUUUCUGUCAUCUAUCAUGUUUACUGAGACACAUUGAGACACUUUAUUUGCUGUUUUAUAGCCUGUCCACUGUGUAGUUAUUGGAAACUAAUGACACCCCUGAGGCGUAGCAGAACCCUGCCUCUGUUUUGACAACAGUUUGUGCUUGUGUGUGACCAUUAACAACGAGCAGAAAGGAGGUCACCACAGGUUCUUUAAUAUAAAAAAAGUGAAUAAACUUUACUUCAUGCCGUUUACCAGGUCCUUUAAUAGAAGGGAGGUCAGCUCAAUUUAUGUACAUUAUUAAUGUUAAAAGACCCUCCACUCCUGGCCAUCUGUCCAGUGGAUGGACUGGUAAACCACACUCCAUUCUAAAAGCAGGUGGUUUAUAAUUUCAGAACUAGAAAUUUUCCUAAAUGUUAACUUUUUAUGAUGACUUUUUUUUCUCAUUUUGUGUGUGUAUGGCUUGUGUUGGUUGGUUUGCAAAGACUUAUAUCUCUGACAUGAAAUCCAACAUUAGGUGCCAGUUUGUUCUCCAACAUAUUUGUGACUUCAGAGCGGUCAGUCAUCGCUUGUAUUUACUUGAGUACUUUUUUAAAUAGAUAUUUUUUAAUAAGAACUAUGAUGUAUUAUGUCUUUAUUGUUUAUCAUAACAAUUGCAAAACACAAGGAGAGCUCUUAACGCAGUAGCUGCAGCACCUGAAGCACCUGAAGCACCUGAAGCUUACAUAACCCAACUAGAAGAUGAUGCAAAAUAUGCUCAAACACAGUGAAGCCUCUGGCUGCCUACAGGAGAUCAUAUUUUUUUUUUACAUUAACAUGUUAUUUAUAAAAAUGAACUGUGAAAACAAGUAAAACAUGUUUUUGUUAAUCAUUUCCAAAGGGGAAUAGUGUAGGAGAACUGACUAAACACUGAUCUGUUAUCUCUUCAGCACUACAGGGUCUACUGGAGUGUUAAAUGAAUUGUCGUAAAUGGACUAAAACAUACAACCACAAGAACAAUAAAUUCUCAUGCACAGUAUCAUA